AAAUCCAAGCCAUCAAAACUAAACCUAAGCUAAAAUUUCUGAUUCAGAAAACAAAAUGGCGACAAAAGACGAGGUGAAGCUGAUCGGGACGUGGGCAAGUCCCUUCGUUGCGAGAGCAAUGAUUGCUCUCAAUCUAAAGGGGAUCGAAUACGAGUUCCUCCCGGAGGAUUUGCUGAACAAAAGCGAGCUUCUUGUCAGGUCCAAUCCCGUGUACAAAAAGGUCCCCGUUCUCAUCCAUGGAGGCAAGCCAGUGUGCGAGUCCAGUAUUGUGGUGCAGUACAUCGACCAAGUCUGGUCUUCUUCCGGCCCUUCAAUCCUCCCUCCCACUCCUUACGAUCGCGCCAUCGCUCGCUUCUGGUCAGCUUAUGUUGACGACAAGUUGAUUUCUCAGAUUCGAGUGUUAGUGUGGGGUGAAGAUGAGAACAGCAAAGCGGAGGCGAAAGAGCAACUGUUCGCCGCAAUGCUGCAGCUAGAAGAGGCUUUCGUGACGUGCAGUAAGGGGCGGGGCUUCUUCGGCGGCAGCACCAUUGGCUUGGUAGACAUCGCCCUCGGUUCCUGCCUUAGUUGGCUGAAAGCUUUCGAAAUUAUAUGUGGAAUAAACUACGUAGAUGGGAGGAAGACCCCUCUGUUGGUUGAGUGGGCGGAACGCUUCCUUUCCCACAAGGCUGCCAAGCAUGUGCUGCCUGACGCUGAGAAAUUGGUGGAGUACAGAAAGGAUAUUAAGGCUCGUCGUGCUGCUGCAGCUCCUCCCUCCAAAUGAUUAUUUUGCCUUUUUAGCUUGCUUCUAUGGAAUUUGAAUGAGAGUGGGUUGGUGAUAUUUGAUGAUAUUACAGUGAUAUUAUGGUGAAUAUUAGCAUAAUAUCAUUAUAGCAUCCUCAAAUUCACAUAAAAUAAUGGGGGAAGAAUUUAAGAUGGAGAGAG